AGCUAAUUGGAUGCUGGACUACCAGGGGAUGGUGUGUCUUGCAGCCAGCCAGGUGUGGUGGACGUGGGAAGUGGAGGAUGUGUUCAGAAAAGUCAAGAAGGGGGCUAAAACGGCACUGAAGGACUAUGCCAAAAAGAUGCACACUCAGAUUGAUCAGCUGGUUGUCAAGAUUCGAUCUAACUUACCAAAGAAUGACAGAAAGAAAUACAACACUGCCCUGAUUGUAGAUGUACAUGCACGCGACAUCAUCGAUGGAUUUGUGAGAGACAGCAUCAUGGAUGAGAAAGAAUUUGAGUGGGAAUCCCAGCUCCGCUUUUACUGGGUCCGGGAGCCAGAUGAACUCUACAUACGACAGUGUACGGGUGCAUUUUUAUAUGGCUAUGAAUAUAUGGGGCUGAACGGACGACUAGUGAUUACACCACUCACAGACAGAAUUUAUUUAACAUUGACACAGGCUCUGUCAAUGAAUUUGGGAGGAGCACCUGCAGGACCUGCAGGUACAGGAAAGACUGAGACCACAAAAGACUUGGCUAAAGCCCUGGGUCUACUCUGUGUGGUCACAAAUUGUGGGGAAGGCAUGGACUACAAAGCCUUUGGAAAAAUUUUGUCUGGACUGUGUCAGUGUGGGGCAUGGGGCUGCAUGGAUGAAUUCAACCGCAUCGACAUCUCCGUGCUGUCAGUCAUCUCCACGCAGCUUCAGACUAUCAGAUAUGCUCUUGUGAUGAAACUGACUCAUUUCCAGUUUGAAGGUGCAGAGAUUCCUCUAGAUCCACGUGUGGGUGUGUUUAUCACCAUGAACCCAGGAUAUGCUGGCCGCACUGAGCUGCCAGAAUCUGUGAAAGCUCUCUUCCGACCCGUUGUAGUCAUUGUUCCAGAUUUGCAGCAGAUAUGUGAGAUUAUGCUGUUUUCAGAAGGCUUCCUCUUGGCAAAGGUCUUGGCCAAAAAGAUGACUGUAUUGUACAAGCUAGCCAGAGAACAGUUGUCGAAGCAGUUUCAUUAUGAUUUUGGACUGCGAGCAUUAAAGUCUGUGCUGGUUAUGGCUGGAGAGUUGAAGAGGAGUGCUGGGGAACUAGAGGAGGAUGUGGUUUUGAUGCGAGCACUGAGAGAUAUGAACUUGCCCAAGUUUGUAUUUGAUGAUGUUCCCCUAUUUUUGGGAUUAAUAUCCGAUUUGUUCCCAGGACUAGACUGUCCGAGGGUGCGCUAUCCCAACUUUAAUGAUGCUGUUGAGGAAACAAUUGCUGAAGGUGGAUAUGUUGUUUUGUCUCAGCAGGUAGAUAAAAUUGUCCAGCUGUACGAGACAAUGAUGACCCGCCACUGUACCAUGAUAGUGGGGCCCACUGGAGGAGGCAAAUCAGUUGUUCUUAACUCACUUGUAAAUGCCCAGGUCCGACUGGGCACUCCAACUAAAGUCUACACAAUCAACCCCAAGGAGAGGCCAGUUGUAGAACUCUAUGGUGUUCUUGACCCCGUCAGCAGAGACUGGACAGAUGGGCUAUUGUCCAGCAUUUUCAGGGAAAUGAAUCGACCUACAGAGAAGAAAGAACUGAGGUAUAUUGUCUAUGAUGGUGAUGUUGACGCCUUGUGGAUAGAAAAUAUGAACUCAGUCAUGGAUGACAACAAGCUGCUGACUCUGUCCAAUGGAGAGAGGAUUAGACUGCAGUCAUACUGUGCCAUGUUGUUUGAGGUCUUUGACCUCCAGUAUGCUUCACCAGCAACAAUUUCACGAUGUGGCAUGGUCUUUGUUGACCCCAAGAAUUUGGGCUAUAACCCAUAUUGGGAAAGAUGGAUAAAGAGCCGAACCAAGGAGACUGCCAAAGAACUCAGUGGCCUCUACAAGAAGUAUGUUUACAAUCUGGUGGAACUGGUUAUUGAAGGCAUGCAGGAUGGACAACAAAUUGAAAGACUGCGGACAAUCUUGCCAGUAACAAACCUGAACUUGGUUACACAGCUGACAAUGAUGCUAACAGCCACUCUUGAUGACAAUGAGUAUGAACAGGGGGAGCUUGAGGCUAUGAUGAUACAAGCACUGGUCUGGUCUAUAGGAGCCCCUCUCAUUGAGAGCAGCCGAGUCAGAUUUGAUGCAUUUUUGAAGUAUCUGGCAAGUCUGAGCUUAAUAUAUGAUGAACGGAAGGCUGCAGGACUGGGAGAACUUCCUGCCAUAGGAACUUUGUUUGACUACACCUACAGCCGGGAACAGAAAAAAUGGCUGCGAUGGGCAGCCUUAGUUCCUGCCUAUGUCCAUGAUCCAGAACGGAAAUUCUACGACAUCCUGGUCCCUACUGUGGAAACUGUGAGAUCAACUUGGCUACUGAAUCUUAUGGUCAAGAUCAAAAGACCUAUUGUGUUAGUAGGGGAGACAGGCACAUCCAAGACAGCAACCAUCCUCAGCUAUUUGCGAGCAAUCAACCCUGAUACCACUUCUCUGCUCAACAUGAAUUUCUCAUCUCGGACAACUUCCCUUGAUGUUCAGCGAAAUCUUGAGGCAAAUGUGGAGAAACGAACCAAAGACACUUAUGGCCCGCCUUCUGGGAAGAGGUUGUUGAUAUUCAUUGAUGAACUUAACAUGCCACAGGUGGACACAUACGGAACUCAACAACCAAUUGCGAUGCUGAAACUUCUUUUAGAUCGGGGUGGAUUUUAUGACCGAGGAAAGGAGCUGUGCUGGAAAAAUAUCAAGGACUUGGGUUAUAUUGCUGCUAUGGGGAAAGCUGGUGGUGGACGCAAUGAAACUGACCCAAGAUUUGUCUCCCUGUUUUGUGUAUUCAAUAUGACAUUUCCGGACAGCGACUCACUCUUGAGGAUUUACUUGUCCAUUCUCAAUGGUCAUCUGAAUGCAUUUGAUAUUGAAAUUUCUCGCCUUGCUACACGCAUCACACAGAUGACCAUCGAUCUCUAUUCGGCUUUGGUAAAAGAGCUGCCACCAACUCCAUCUAAAUUUCACUACAUCUUUAAUUUGAGAGACUUGUCACGGAUUUUUAAUGGUCUGUGUUUGUCAACUCCUGACCGUUUCACUAAGGCAGAUCAGUUCUUGCGGCUGUGGAGAAAUGAAUGUAUGAGAGUCAUCAGCGACAGGCUUAUUACAACUGAAGAUAAGACUCUAGUUCAGGGUCACUUGAGUGAGCUACUGACUGAAUAUUUUAAAGAUAUUGAUUCCAGCCAAGUUUUGAGUGACCCAAUUCUGUUUGGAGAUUUCCGGAAUGCACUAGAGGAAGGGGAACCAAGAAUUUAUGAGGAUAUGCAAGAUUAUGAAGCUUGCAAAGCUAUUUUCCAGGAGAUUCUAGAUGAUUAUAAUGAAGUUAAAAGGAGCAUGCCAUUGGUUCUCUUUGAUGAUGCAGUGGAGCAUCUAACUCGCAUCCAAAGAGUGUUGAGGAUGUGCAGGGGAAACUCUCUCCUGGUGGGUGUGGGAGGCAGUGGCAAGCAAAGUUUGUGUCAUUUAGCUGCUCAUGCUGCUCGAUGUGAGAUCUUCCAGAUCAUGCUGAGUCGAGGCUACAGUGAGAACAAUUUCAGAGAUGAUUUAAAAAACCUGUACUCAAAACUUGGUACAGAAAACAAACAAAUGGUCUUCUUGUUUUCUGAUCAGCAAGUGGCUGAAGAAGGAUUCCUAGAAUUAAUAAACAACAUGUUGACUACAGGAAUGGUUCCUGCCUUAUAUGCAGAUGAAGAGAAAGAUGGUAUUAUCAACUCAAUGAGAACUGAGGCUGCUGUUGCUAAUAAGGGACCUGGCAAAGAGAGUAUCUGGCAAUACUUUGUAGACAAGUGUGCAAACAAUCUUCACAUUGUGUUGACCAUGUCGCCUGUAGGGGAAACUUUGAGAACACGCUGCAGGAACUUUCCAGGAAUUGUCAACAAUGCCAUCAUUGACUGGUUCUUCCCCUGGCCUGAGCAAGCUCUGUAUGCAGUGGCCAGUGUUAUGGUGUCACCAGAUAAUGUUCUGAUACCGCAGGAGCACAGAACAAACCUGAUUGCCCACUGUGUCAUGGUCCACCAGAGUGUCUGUGAUUACAGUGUUCUAUUCCUGCAGAGACUGCGCCGGUACAAUUAUGUGACACCCAAAAACUACCUGGACUUUAUUACUUGUUACCUGAAAUUGCUAAAGGAGAAAGAUCUGUUCAUUCUUUCACAAUGUGAGAGACUGCAAGGUGGACUGUCUAAAAUUGAAGAUGCUACAAAGAUGUUGGCCAUCCUGAAUGAGAAGCUGGCUGUACAGAGGGUUGCGGUCACUGAAAAAACAGUCGCUUGUGAGGCUUUGCUUCGAGAAAUUGCCCAGUCUAGUACCCAGGCUAAUGAAAUGAAAAGUACAGCAGAAGUCAAAGCACAAGAAAUAACAGAGUCCAGCAAAAUUAUUGCAGUGGAAAAGGCGGAUGCAGAAGAAGCACUGCUGGAAGCCAUGCCUGCCCUGGAAGCUGCCAGAUUGGCUCUGGAUGACCUAGAUAAAACUGACAUUACUGAAGUCAGGUCAUUUGCCAAACCCCCACCAGCUGUCCAGACAGUCUGUGAGUGCAUUGUUGUGCUAAAGGGGCUAAAAGAAGUCAGCUGGAAGUCGGCAAAAGGGAUGAUGUCAGAUCCCAGCUUCUUACGACAACUCAAGGAACUGGAUGUAGAUAACAUCACACCGAAACAGACAGGCACUGUGAAAACAAUGUUAGCUGGAAUUAAUGUGACUAUACAGCAAAUGGCAAGCAUUAGCAAAGCCGGGGCUGGCCUCCUGAAGUUUGUGGUAGCUGUCAUGGGAUACUGUGCAGUGUUUCGAGAAGUGAAACCAAAAAGAGACAAGGUUGCAGCCCUGGAGAAAAAUUUCUUUGAACUCAAUCGCAGCUUGGAAAAGAUCAACAAGAAAGUGGCCAAGCUGGAAGAGUUACUUGCUGAUUUAAAUAGUAGAUAUGAGAAUGCCAUGGCAGAAAGACAGAGGCUAGAAGCAGAGACAAAACUGAUGGAGAAGCGGCUCAUUGCAGCAGAUAAGCUUAUCAGUGGUCUUAGUUCAGAAAAUGUCAGGUGGCUAAAGGACCUUGCGGAGCUGAGAAAGAAACGCCAGCGACUUUUAGGAGACUGUCUUGUUGCAGCUGGAUUUCUCAGUUAUGUGGGAGCAUUCAGUUUUGAGUUCAGACGUGAACUUAUCAAUGAUAUUUGGUUGACUGAUAUUCGAGAAAAGGAAAUACCUUUGAGUGCCUCUUUUCGCAUUGAAGACCUCUUGACAACAGAUGUUGAAAUAAGCAGAUGGUCUUCAGAAGGUUUACCUCCCGAUGAGCUGUCUGUACAAAAUGGUAUCCUGACCAUGAGAGCAAGUCGGUUCCCCUUGUGCAUUGAUCCUCAGCAGCAGGCCUUGAACUGGAUCAAGAAAAGGGAGGAGAAACAUAAUCUCAAGUGUUGCACAUUUAAUGAUGAGGACUUUCUCAAACAACUGGAGAUGUCCAUCAAAUAUGGAUUUCCGUUCCUCUUUACCGAUGUGGAUGAAUACAUUGAUCCUGUUAUUGACAAUGUGCUAGAGAAAAAUAUUAAAGGAGCCCAAGGUCGGGAAGUUGUCCUACUGGGCGACAAAGAGGUGGAUUAUGACAAAAACUUCAGGCUGUACCUUAACACCAAACUCUCCAACCCCAAGUUUGGACCCAAUGUCUUUGGCAGGGCUAUGGUCAUCAACUACACAGUCACACUCAUGGGAUUAGAAGAUCAGCUGCUGAGUGUGAUUGUUGGUUAUGAGAAGAGAGAGCUGGAGGAGCAGAGGGAAAGCCUGAUUCAAGAGACAAG